AUGACGGGAAGGCAAAUUGGAGGAUCCACCGCUGCUGUGGAGAGCACAAGCACUCCUAGUGCCGUAGCCACUCGAAUUCCCGGCGGCAGGCUGAACCACGACGACUUCUCGGUAAAUGUGGUGUCGGUAGUGCCCCAUCAGCCAAUGAGUCGGACGGACAGUCAGGUUUCAGACAGAGACAAGGCUGGGGCUACUCUGCUGUUUUCUGGAAUCUUCCUGGGCCUUGUGGGAAUGACAUUCACCGCGAUGGGGUGGGUAAACUACGACAUUAACCAAAGCUUUGAAUGGACGCAACUUCUUGGGCCGAUUUUGCUGUCCGUGGGUGGCACUUUCAUAUUGAUCAGCGUGUGUAAAUUUAGGAUGCUAUCAUGUCAAGGUUGCCACCAGCAACGACAAGAGGAUGUCGAAGCAGACAUGGAUAUGUCCCCUGCAGCGCCGGGGCAGGCAUUCGUUUUUACCGGCAUCAAUCAGCCAAUCGCAUUCCACAGGGCCACUGUGGUGCAGUACAUUCCUCCUCCGUAUGCCUCCGUAACCCAGGAUUGUAAUCCAGGCCCGGUAAACGCAUACCCUCAAAACAGUCUGGAUAUCGGCCGCUCGCCACAGUACUACCGUGUUUAUCGGACAGAGAACUCCAUCAGUCUGUGCGAUGGAGACAGCCCACAAAACUUCACAGCAGAGCAAAGAGAGAGCAGGAUUCGCGGUCAGACGGUGGUCAGAAUGGAGGCCACAGACAGCUUUUCUCUGCCGUCCUACGAAGAGCUUUACCCCACCCCACCCAGCACAAACUCCACCUAA